UUGACAACUGACGUCCAAUCGCAAUCGGAGGAAUAAUCAAAAUUUGAACUGUUGCCGGUUAAUCAGUUAGAAUUUUACAAACAACAAGGCUUAAAACAUAAAAAUGUCGAUAUUUCAAGGGUUUCCUGACUUACCAAGUCCGAAUGAAACUGCUUACUGUAAAAUAAAUGAAGUAUAUUGCUGUGCAAACAACCGAUAUGGAAAUGUAUCAACAUUCACUAAUACGGUAAACAAUCACCCUAAAAUAAACGUCACAAGGGACCUGCACUAUCACAGAUUAUCGGACGAAAAUGUAUCAAUGUACAUAAACGUUGAAGACACAUUUCUCAAGAAAAUAUCAAGUGUUUGGUACAACCAGGGUUUUCUAGAAGCUCUGAGUAUUGCCGCAGAUCCGACCACAAACCGUGACAAUAAAAUCGUAGCUGUAACUGCGUCAUAUGCAUUAAAAAUCGCGAACAUCUUUUCUACUUUUAGAUACUUCUUACAACCUCAUUUGAAGGAUAUAGGGCCUAAGAUUGUGUCGAAAUAUUCGAGAACUCGCAAUUGGGGUAGUUCUCCUGUGAAAUGUAUGGCAUGGCACCCGCAUACCACGAAAAUUGCUAUAGCAACCGCAGAUGAUGGUGUCAGAGUGUAUAGUUCUGAUGUGUCCUUUGUGUCGACUUUGAAGUGUAAAUCACAGUGUCAUGUAUCAUCAUUGAGCUGGAGACCGUAUUCAGUGUCAGAAAUAGCAGUUGGUUGUGAGCAGGGAGUGAUUGUAUGGACAGUGGACCCUAAUUCUAUGUUUACUAAACCGUCUUCGAGCAAUGCUGUUGUGUUGAAAAGAUCAGGUCACAGUCCAGUCACCGAUGUGAGCUGGUCUCCAAAUGGCGACCUCCUCAUCAGCUGCUGCGGCGCAGACACCUCCAUGCUAAUCUGGGACGUUGCCAUGGAAACCGCAGUACCGUUACGAAGGGUGGCUGGUGGUGGAAUUGUGUUUGCAAGAUGGUCGCUCAAUGCAAGCAAGAUAUUUGCCGCUACAUCAUCUAUUAUAUUUAGGGUAUGGGAUACAAAGACAUGGACGCCAGAGCGCUGGUGCGCGCGAGGUUGCCGCGUGGUCGCUGCGUGCUGGGGGCCGCAGGACGUCGUGCUGUUUGCCGCUAAGGGAGAGCCUAUUGUAUAUGCUUUGAGGAACACUGGCUUGUUGAAUGGAGCAAAAGACAGCAAAGCACAGCCAGUGCUUGAUGUAACAAAAGUGGAAUUGCCCUCCGGUGAUUCUGUUGGGGGCCCCAUACUAGAUAUGUGCUGGGAUCCCACAGGAAAAUAUCUGGUCUUACAGUUUGAAGAGUCCCACAUUAUAGCUGUGUUCUGCACUACACAGAUGAUGAUGCAGCUCAAUGUUACUCCUUGUUGCUUAAUAAACGGCAUAGACAACGAAGUGCCAUCGACCAUCGCGUUCCAACAGAAUUUCAAAGAUGGCGCCUGUCUCACUAUAGCGUGGUCGAGCGGCAGAGUACAACACUUUCCUAUAGUUUAUACGGACUCUUAUUGAUUAAAUUAAAGAUGGAAAAUGGACCUAAUGAGUGGAUUUUUAUUUGUAUCGGGUGUAAAAUCCUCAUGUUUGUGUUUUUUGUGAGAAAAAAUGGUAAAAAGUUUAAAAAAAAAUUGUCGCGCAAAUUACUGGAAUAGAUAAUUUUGUAUUUAUUUGUAAUCUUAUUUAUUUAUUAAUUAAAAGUUCAUUUGAGAUAACUAUUCAUUUAAAACAAAAUUUCUGAAUGUUUCUGUUUAUCUGUAUUAAUUUGAUAUUUUGUAUCUGUGACUCUCGUUUUUUAUUGAAGAUUUUACUGUAAUAUUAAGUAUAAUUUUUUAAUAAAAACGUAUUUUUUGUAUGUGACUUGAAUUAAUAAAAAAAAAACUGGUCACUGGGCCACCUACAAAUGUUUGAAGGCAGGUUUGAUAUUAAUAUUUUUAUUGUUGAUUGUUUAACUAAAUUUAUUUUUGAACUUCUUAAGGCGCGUUGACAGUAAAAUUUCAAGAUCGCGUCAUGGCAUAACUGCCACGUCAUGGAGUAAGGCGACGAUUUUGGUAUCUGAAUCUUGCCAAAGAAGUUUCACUUCUGACACGUGUGCUGGGCACAAAUGCUCUUUUAUGGUAUGUGGAGUGAAAACGAAUAUUUUCUUGUGAAUCAAACAAUUGUAUAAUGUGAAAGAUUUUGUAUAUUUUUGUAAGAUUCAAUAAUAUUUAGUUAUGUUGAAAGAAAUAAAUGGACUGAUACAAUACUC